GUUGCUGCGAAGUUGGUAAUUUACAAAGUCAGGUGAGUUCAAGAGCUUAGUCGAUGUAAUUUGGCUUCACGUUAUCACAUCAAUUGAUUGGCACCACAGGUGAGAAACGCCAAACUUCGAAUUCUUUAGUCAAGUCCCUCAUUUGCAUGAGGCCGUAGACGCCUUCGAACGAGUGGAUGCCGAAGAAAAGAUUGUAGAGCUGGGAAAGAUUUUUGUAAAAUAUAACUGCUUCAACGACUUUGGAUUGACCAUUGUUCACCGUCACUUCGACAUGGACAAGCAAGAAAUAUUAGUAGAGUCGAUAAAUCCCAAGAAAACGGUGGCUGUAUCAAUCCCUUGGAAACUGGAAGGAGGCAAUCAUAGUCCUGUGGAUAUGGAUUACUGGAAGUCAUUCGGUUUUGAAGAGAAAAGCUAUAUCGUUCCAAAAACGUGGGCUUUUACCUCUGAGAAAUUGGAAGCAUUUGAAUUUAUUUGCAACGAUACUAAUUUUAUUGGCCCAGACGAGAAUUUUGUUAAGGAAGUAUACGAAUUCCUACAGGAUUUGGGAUUAUUGGACAUCGUGGGACUUCGCAGGCUUCAUGGGAUUGGAAAUUCUUACGAAACGACGCCAGAGGGGGUGAAAGCAAAUGUGGUGAAAUUUGGUCAAGUUCCUCCCGAACUUCAAGAUGACAUGAUCAAGGUUGCUUGGAGUUUUAAUGAAAAGGGAGAAAUGAGGGGGGAUCAAGCCUGUAUCGUCUGUUGGUGGUACCACACAGUUCCCAAACUAUGUAAAUUGUCCAGUCAGUUGAAACACUAUGCAGAUGCUUGAUUCACUUAGAUGCUUCAUCACAAAGAAAUAACUUAAUUCAGUCGGUUUUAAAAAUAAAAAGAGCUAUAUUUGCAGACAGA